UCCAGACGCCGCUGCACCAUGAGCGUCUCUAUGCUGAGCCCCACCAGAGCCCUGGGCAGCGUCUCUGGGCUCCUGCAGGUGGCCACCCUGCUCGGCCUGCUUCUGCUUCUGCUCAAGGCGGCACAGCUCUACCUGCGCAGACAGUGGCUGCUCAAAGCCCUCCAGCAGUUCCCGUCUCCUCCUUUCCACUGGCUCUAUGGACACAUGCGGGAGUUCCAAGCGGAGGGCGAGCUUCAAGCCCUACUGAAAAGGGUAGAGAAAUACCCGCGUGCCUGUGCUCGCUGGUUUUGGGGGACAAAAGCUCAAGUAUUGGUCUACGACCCGGACUACAUGAAGCUGAUCCUGGGGAGAUCAGAUCCAAAGUCUCCUGAGUCCUACAGAUUCGCGAUUCCCUGGAUUGGGAACGGAUUGCUGUUGUUGGAGGGGCAGACGUGGUUCCAACACCGGCGGAUGCUGACCCCAGCCUUCCACUAUGACAUCCUGAAGCCCUACGUGCGUCUCAUGGCUGACUCUGUGCGCGUGAUGCUGGACAAGUGGGAGGAGCUCGUCAGCCAAGACGCACAUCUGGAGAUCUUUGGACACGUCUCCUUGAUGACCCUGGACACCAUCAUGAAGUGCGCCUUCAGCCACCAGGGCAGCAUCCAGACAGACAGGAACUCCCAGUCCUACAUCCAGGCCAUCAGGGACCUUGGAUAUCUGAUUUUUUCCCGAAUGAGGAAUAUCUUCCACCAGAAUGACAUCAUCUACAGACUGACCCCUGAAGGCCGCUGGCACCACCGGGCCUGCCAGCUUGCCCAUCAACACACAGACAGAGUGAUCCAGCUGAGGAAGGCUCACCUGCAGAAGGAGCGAGAGGUGGAGAAGGUGAGGAACAAGAGGCAUUUGGAUUUCCUGGACAUCCUUCUCUUUGCCAGAGUGGAGAAUGGGAACAGCUUGUCUGACACGGACCUCCGUGCUGAGGUGGACACGUUCAUGUUUGAGGGUCACGACACCACAGCCAGUGGCAUCUCCUGGCUCCUCUACGCUCUGGCCUCCCACCCUGAGCAUCAGCAGAGGUGCCGGGAAGAGAUUCAGAGCCUGCUGGGGGAUAGCGCCUGCAUCACAUGGAACCACCUGGAUCAGAUGCCCUACACCACCAUGUGCAUCAAGGAGGCACUGCGACUCUAUCCGCCAGUGCCUUUUUAUGGCAGAGAGCUCAGCAAGCCCAUCACCUUUCCUGAUGGCCACUCCUUACCUGCAGGAUUCACACUCUCCCUCUCCACUUACGGGCUUCACCACAACCCGAAGGUGUGGCUGAACCCAGAGGUGUUUGACCCAUCCCGGUUUGCACCGGGGUCUUCUCAACACAGUCAUGCUUUCCUGCCCUUCUCAGGAGGAUCCAGGCAGCCAUGUUUCCAGGUCAGUUGCCAUUCCAAAGUUCCUGGGGCUGUUGUCACUUCAGGAGUCUGACUUCUCAGCAUUUGAAUUUUCCAUGAAAACCAAACUUCAGAUGUGUGAUUUCCGCAGUUAUCAGUCAUCUUUAAAGGUUGUUUUCUCUUCACACAAUCCUGACCUGCCCACUAGCUUUUCCAUUUAAUUCACCAGCCAGCCUCUCAUGUGUCGGUGCUAUUGGCUUCCUGUAUUGACUUUUCAAGCCAUGUAUGUGAUUAGUAUGUGAUCACUUACAGUUUCCGUGAAAAGAGACCCACGCCAACAUGUGUGUUCCCUAUUUCUAUAGGCGAUCCCAAACAAGUGUUGACUGCAUUUUCAUAUAAAUAUGACAUCUUCCAGUUGCCUAAAUUCUUUAUAUAUAGCAGGGAUUGAUUAUAUACCAUAGUCCCACAAUCUACAGAGUGUCAUGUUGGCAGAAAAACAAAAAAGUGAAAAAGCAUAAAGUGGAGGACAGUCAAUUGCUUUUCAGAGAAAAUUCACUGUGUUGUAUUUGACACAUGCAUUUGGAAAGUUCCUGGCGUGUAAACUAUAA